GUUGCACACUGCAACAAAAGCUUCUUCAGCUGCACGAAACUCCCUAUUUAUUGUUUUUCUACAUUUUCCCCAAUUCUCCCCCCAACAAAUUAUUAUCUGCUGUUAAUUCCUCCAGUUCGCACAUAUUCCAAUCGAUCUUCAGUCAUGGACUCAAUUUACAACGAUCUGAACGCCCCGCACUCGAUGGGAACCACCAUCAUCGGCGUCACAUACGACGGCGGCGUUGUUUUGGGCGCCGACUCUCGGACCAGCACCGGAAUGUAUGUGGCGAAUAGGGCAUCUGAUAAGAUCACUCAGUUGACCGACAAUGUCUACAUUUGCCGCUCUGGUUCGGCUGCAGAUUCUCAGGUUCUUUCAGAUUAUGUUCGCUACUACCUCCAUCAACACACGAUACAGCUUGGGCAGCCUGCAACUGUAAAAGUUGCAGCAAACCUUGUCAGAAUGGUAUCUUACAAUAACAAGAACAUGUUGCAAACUGGAUUGAUAGUUGGUGGGUGGGACAAGUAUGAAGGUGGUAAAAUAUAUGGAAUACCUCUCGGAGGAACUCUUUUAGAGCAGCCUUUCACUAUUGGAGGAUCUGGCUCUUCAUAUCUGUAUGGUUUCUUUGACCAAGUAUGGAAGGAAGGGAUGACACAGGAUGAAGCUGAGAAACUAGUCGUGAAAGCAGUCUCUCUUGCAAUUGCUCGGGAUGGUGCUAGUGGUGGUGUUGUUCGAACAGUUACUGUGAGUACCUUUCUGAUAAUGAGCUAUGCUUCCUGGUUAGAUAGUGACCCACCCCCUUUUAAGUUGGAAAAUGGAACCUCAGAUGUGAUGUGUUGUCUGCCCCACCUAUAUAAUAUGCAUAGUUUGAAUGGACAGCAGCUCAACUCUGCAAAUGAGAAGUUCUAGAAAUAUAAAUAUUGGGUGUUUUUUACGAUGAAGCGGCACACAUUUGAUAAGAUACUUCCCCUCCAAGCUCAAAAGUAUGUGUGUGAGAGUGUGUAGCUCUAAAAAAAGUGUCAUCUUGUCUGCAAAAAAGACUCCAUUCUUCCAUCAUAAAAGCUACUAUAUAGUUGCAUUUUUGUGAGACAAGAUAUAAAUGGCUACACAAAUCUGAGGUUUGGGCUUUGGUAUUGCAGAUUAACAAAGAUGGGGUUUCGCGGAAGUUCUACCCAGGUGACACUCUUCCUUUAUGGCAUGAAGAGCUGGAAGCCAAGGAUUCCCUGUUGGAUACUUUGUCUGCUGCGAGUCCCGAACCAAUGGUCAGCUAAAUCACAAUCUUGUCUAUCUGCUACUAAGCCAACGAUUAGUCACUCAACUUCGUCUUCGUCUAUCUAUUAUCCAUCAUGUACUCACCCUAGAAAUUUCUCACUCUUGUUGUUUUUCAUACUUCACACUUUCCUUUCAAAUUAAAGACUUCAUUCAAACUUUGAUUUUC